GUAUUUUACUUAGUGCAAACAUAGCGCAAAAUGAAAUUUGAUAGGCAUUUGUUUAUGGUGUGCGUCAGCGAAUUCAUCGGCACCGCGAUUCUCCUGUGCGUCGGCUGUUCCUCUGUAGUGGGCUUGACAUUACCGUUUUAUCACCGAAACUUGAGUAUGGUCGGACUUGGCUUCGGCCUAGCCGUGCACAUUUCCGUGCACACGCUUGGCACAAUUUCUGGCUCGCACAUCAAUCCGAGCGUUACGAUAGCAGCCCUCACGCUUGGCAAUAUGGAAUGGCAAUUGGCCUGCUUUUAUAUAUUGUUCCAGUUUCUAGGCGGACUGACGGGUUAUGCUCUGCUGUUCGUUUCUCUAACGAAGUAUGUACGCACCGAAAGUUUAUGCGUCACUAUGCCGGAGAAUGGCAUCACAAUUUGGCAGUCUGUCUUGCUUGAGUUCUUUUUGACAGCCAUACUGGUGUAUUUUUGUUGUGGCGCCUGGGACAAACGCAAUAUACAGGUGCACGAUUCAUUACCGCUACGUUUCGGCUUCUUAAUUGCCGGUCUUAUUUUUGCUGGGGCACCUUAUACCGGAGCCAGCAUGAAUGUCGCACGCUCCUUACCGCCGGCCGUUUUCACAAAUAUUUGGACAUCAUUUUGGAUAUAUCCCGUUGCACAUGUGCCCGCUGCCAUUUUAGUACCGUUAGCAUGGAAAUUUCUGCAUACGGCUGACUCCUCCGCGGGGGGUGGCGCUGAAGGAGACGCAUAAAUAGCUUUAAAGAAAGAUACUUAUUAUGCACGCUCAGGACAUAUGUACGUUGAUUUGAGAAUAUGUUUUUAGUAAUUUAGAGCAAGAAAGGGGAGUACUAUUUAUGCACCUCGCCCACUUCUUCCGUAGUUUACCAACAAUCGCAAACAUAAUAUGAUUCGACUCAUCAUAUUCAAAAACAUAUUUCAGUCCUCAUACCUUUCGCUGUCCAAAAUCUUGGUAUUUCCGAUAAUAUCAACCAGCUAGGCAGACGGUAUUCCAGGCACAUAUUCCUCGCGGUCUUUAAAACAUUCGUCGAGAUCGCUUGUAAAAAUAUUUUAGAUAUUCUUUGUAAUGCAUACAUUUAUUUGGAAACUUUACACCGAUAAACUUUACCCCGCUUGCAUAACUUAAAUUAGAAAAUAAUACAUAUAAGCUAAUAAAACGACUAAAAUAAACCGUAACUAAGCAUUUCUGUGAAUUCUUAUAUUUUUUGCUCUAAUAAAUGAAAUAAUAAAUCCUGAA